AUGACGGGCGGCAGCUCGUGCACGGAGGUGGUGCGCUCGCUGCUCCGCGCCCACUCCGACCACCAGGGGCCACACUGUUGCGUCGAGCUUUUCCUCGAUUUUGCCGAGCCCGUUCCCACCGACCAGGAGCGCCAUCUGUACGAGUUGGCGGAGGCCGUCCUGGCAAAGGCUGCCGAUCUGCUGCGGGAUGUCAGGGGCUACGAGAAAGGCGCCUCCGACGUCAUCCGGUCCGCGCUUCAGAAUCCGAACGACGAGGAGAUGCAGAAGACGGCCCAGCAGGUCAUUGGCGUAUUCGCCGCACGGAUUAGGGCCUACUACGAUUUGUCGUUGCGGAUCAAGAAGCUGGUACCCCUACUACUCUGGGACCUGUGCAGUGGACCGUUGUCUCCAGAUGAGCAGUUGAGAUCGCGACAAGCGUUGACCAGACAAUUCGCCCGACUCGUAGACUUUGUGCUCGAGUUCGACUAUGUGAAAGUGUGCACGACAGCGCUGCAAAACGAUUUCUCGUUCUACCGUCGUUCCACGGGCCGUGAUGAGAAGGAUCCGAGCCUGGUGGGCCUGGCGAACGAGAUCAGCCUGUUUCUCGCCUACCCGUCGCCGAUGCUGAACGCCCUCUCGGCGGCCACCACCGAAUUCGUCCAGGCCCAUCCAUCGCUGGAGCGGACGAACACGACGUCGAUGCUGGCCACCAUCGUCAGCGUGUGCGGGUACAUGGUGCGCGAAGAAGAGACGACGCACCGCCUCGACGACGCCACCGGCGAAUUCUGCGUGCGCGUCAUGGUCGGCUGCAUCGUGUUGUAUGAUCAUGUUGAUGACAAGGGCGCAUUCCAUCGCGACUCGCUGAUCGACAUCAAAAAAGCCAUCCAAAUCGUCCGCGAGAACAGCCACGAGCCGCAGACGCUCUCCCUCCUCAACGCCAUCCGGUACUUGACGAAAAACUUCAAAUCCGAGACGACCCCGAAAAGCGUCAAGCAGUCGCUGGCC